AUGAGCUAUCCCCAAAGCUUCAGGAUCCAGACCCUCGUUCAAACCGUAUGCGUUAUAAAGUCUUCACUUUCCGAUCAAGAAGUCAUACAAUUGGAAGGCUGUAACUGCUCUUCCCACUUUCUGGAUCAAUUCGGCCAACCUAAUCAUUCUCAGGCGCGGUUUGCAGCACCUACCAGGUCGCCUGCUGAGCAGCCUUGUUACUUAGCCAUUCCUGCAUUGAAUAUAUGGACCGAUGGUCCUUCGGUGAUCCCGAGACAGCUCCUUGUACUAAAACACGCUACAUCGGGAUUCCAGCAUUCAAGUUCCCAUUCCCGUACCUCACCGACGUGGCGGACUGGAGUCAACCGCGGUUUACUGGCGCCACUCUACGAUCUUACCUUGACGCAUACGGAGAAAAUGAUCACUCCAAACCCGGAUGUGAUAGAGGGGUAUUUCGAUGCGGUCAGCGGGUGUUUUUUUUUCGAAAUUCCAAGGGAUUAUGUCGCGUGGAUGGGUUUCUUGGAGCCAUUAGUUGGGGAACUGGCAAGAAUGACAAGAUUUUGGGCCGAUUUCAAGGUACGAGAAUGUCUAGGGUGUGAAGAUCCCCCAAAACUUAAGCUCAUGUCAUGGAGGGAUGGAGAAUAG